GGGGCAAGUGACUGUGAACUGUGGCAGGCUGAUUUAGAGAUAUGAAGUCUCACCACAAUGGGUGCACGGAGCUAGACGCCAGAGUCAGGAAUUAUGUUUGCGGUGUGACUGGCAGAGCCAGUGCGGUAGUAUGCCUCUCGCGCCUCUGUCUGGCGCUGGUUGUCUGCUGCCAAUAUACGCACGCCUUGGGCUCCUCGGUGGAUUGUCGAGCUGCCCCGUGCGCCGAGUCUGCACGUGCCCACUGCUGGUCCACCUGAGCUCUGCGACGUUUUCUGCUCAGCGGUGCUGCCGACCCGGGCCACGCGCUGUCUGCUGCGAGGUCAGAUGGGGUACCUUUCAGCAAGAGAAAGCCAGCAGCAGCAGCAGCAGCAGCAGGGGCAUCUGGCGAAUGGGGUGUGUGUAAAUAUCAGCAGCGCGUGCAGCGAAAUUGCUCCGUGCCUGGAAUGCUCGCUGUCCCUGAACAGGUAUCCUCGGCGCUGCUGUCUCUUAUCGCGCCUGCGAUCUAGCCGCCUAUCGAUGCCUGCUC